AAGAAGAAACAAAGAUGGCGGACGAGAGUGGUUCAAAAGUAAAGAAAAUUACAUCUACUGAGAAACCAGUUGUUCCUCGUAAUCCGACCGAAAUACAGAGGAUGAAGUUAGAGAAGCUUUUGAAAGAUCCUGAUAAAACCGUUUCAAUUCCUGAUCGACCAAAGGAAUGGAAACCAUCAGAUGCACCUGAAUUUAUUCGAUUUGUAAUGGGUUCAAGUGCUGGGGCUGGUAGUGGAGAAUUUCAUGUUUAUCGUGCAACAAGAAGAAGAGAAUACAACCGAACAGCAUACAUUGAAAAGAAAGCAGAAGAGCAUGAACUUGAUGAAAGUUUUCAUAAAAAGCUUGAAGAAAACCAAAACAAGGCAGAUGAAAAAACAGCAAAGAAAAGAGCCAAGAGGCAAAAAAAGAAACAGAAAAAGUUAAAUGCAAAAAGGAAAAAAGAAGAUGUGAAAGAAAAGGAUGGCCAUGAUAGUAAAAAUCGUGCCAGUAGCAGUGAUGAUGAUGAUGAUGAUGAUCAGGAGGAAGGGAAUGAGCCACACUUUGUUAUAGGAGGAAAGUAACUUUAGAAGUUGACAAAUGGCAAAGAUCAAAGAGUGAUCUCCUUUAGCUGCCAUCUCCUUUUCCAAGCUAUUCAUUCACUGACAGUAGACAGGCUUUGAAAAGUGGAAACUACAACAGUUUAAGUGAACUGUUAUGCAAGAUGCAUGAAUACGAUACAAGAGUCAUGUUUCUAGUCUGACUUUAAUUUGUUUCAAAUGGAUGACAGACCAUGGAAAAAAAGAUUGACUAUUAAAACAAAUUUAUGGCUGGUGGUUUCUGAAAUAGCUAAUCUACUUAUU